AUGGCUCCCAAGAAGCAGAAGGGAGACGAUAGACAGCAGCCACCACCACUGAUUGGACGGUUUGGGACCUUUUUAAAAAUAGGAAUCGUUGGAUUGCCCAAUGUAGGGAAGUCAACCUUUUUCAACGUACUGACAAAGAGUCAAGCUGCAGCUGAGAAUUUCCCCUUCUGCACCAUUGACCCAAAUGAAAGCCGAGUGCCCAUUCCAGAUGAACGCUAUGAUUUCCUGUGCCAAUUCCACAAGCCUGUCAGCAAGCUGCCGGCCUUCCUGAAUGUGGUGGACAUAGCAGGACUGGUGAAGGGAGCUCACGCUGGCCAGGGCCUGGGCAACGCCUUCCUGUCCCACAUCAGUGCCUGCGAUGGCAUCUUCCACAUGACACGUGCGUUUGCAGAUGAGGACAUUGUCCACGUGGAGGGCAACGUGUACCCUGUGAGGGACAUUGAGAUCAUCAAUGAGGAGCUGAGACUGAAGGAUGAGGAGAUGAUCGGGCCCAUUAUGGAGAAGCUGGAAAAGGUGGCCGUGAGGGGAAGCGACAAGAAACUCAAACCUGAAUAUGACGUAAUGCUCAAAAUCAAGAACUGGGUAGCGGAUGAAAGGAAACAUGUCCGCUACUGUCGCGAUUGGACUAAGAAAGAGAUCGAAGUGUUGAACAAAUACUUGUUUUUGACAUCCAAGCCAAUGAUUUACCUCAUUAACCUCUCAGAGAAAGACUACAUCAGAAGAAAGAACAAAUGCGGAGGAGUGGAGAGUCUCCUGCAGGACAUGAGUGAAGAGGAGAUUAAGAAGUACUGCACCGAGCACAAGACUCAGAGCGUUCUGACAAGGAUCAUCAAGGCUGGCUAUGGAGCCCUACAGUUGGAGUACUUCUUCACAGCUGGACCAGAUGAGGUCCGUGCGUGGACCAUCCGGAAAGGAACCAAGGCUCCACAGGCAGCCGGCAAGAUCCACACGGACUUUGAGAAGGGCUUCAUUAUGGCUGAAGUAAUGAAAUUCGAGGAUUUUAAAGAGGGAGGCAGUGAGAACGCUGUCAAGGCAGCAGGGAAAUACAGACAACAGGGGAAAACCUACGCUGUGGAGGACGGAGACAUGAUCUUUUUCAAAUUCAACACGCCGAACCAGCCCAAGACUAAGAAGUGA